AUUAAAUGUGAACCACUAAUUUCACAAGACCAAGAUGAAACUCAAAGAAUAGAGUCAAGUCUCAAAGAUUACGAUAAAAUUCCACUGAGUCCUGAGUUUUACAUUAAUGUUACCACUUCUUGUGACAGGUAUAUACAGAGUAGGGGAUUUAUAACGGAAGUGACGCAGGAAGAAUGGGAUUUUCCUAUAGCGUUUGGAAUUUUGGGGCACGAAGAAAUCGAGUUGUUGGAAAGACUUUUAAGAGCUAUUUAUCGACCGAGUAACUUCUACUUUAUACACGUUGAUGCCAAAGCUCCCAAAUCUCUACUGAAAGCUGUGUCUGAUAUAACGAAUUGUUUUGAUAAUGUACAUGUCACUUCCCGUUUAGUGACAGUGAAAUGGGGAAAAUAUUCUGUGUUUCAAGCAGAUUUAAAUUGCAUGGACGAUGCAUUGAAAUUCGACUGGGAAUACUUCAUCAAUCUAGCCGGUUCUGAUUUUCCGUUGAAGACGAAUUUAGAAAUGGUUACUAUAUUGAAAGCAUUUAACGGUGCUAGCUCAAUUACAGGUGGUCCUUUCAGGUAUUGUAACUAUUUACUAGACUUUCAACCAUCUCCAACUUAUUACCUGGACCGGAUGUCGAAAGUAGGUAAUAUCACUGGAUUUACGUUUAUGAAAGGCUCGCAGCAUAUUGUGGCUAACCGGAAGUUCAUCGAAUUUCUUAGAACUGCACCAGAGGCUUUGGAGUUUGCUGAACGAUUGAAAAAGGCUUUACAUCCACAUGAAACUUUCUACAACUCAAUAUAUUUCAGUAAACAUUUAAAAAUACCUGGCUCGUACAACGGUUCCGCUAAAAUGAUAUCAGAAAUCGAUGGCAUGGCCCGAUACAAAUUGUGGAAUUCGGGAACACAGCCAUGUAGUGGUAAAUUCGUACACGCCAUAUGUAUAUUUGGUAUACAAGAGUUGGCAUUACUUACCAAGGCACCACAUGUGUUUUGUAAUAAGUUUCAUGAAGACUUCAUGCCUAUAGUAUUAGACUGUUUAGAAUCGUGGUUAUUUGACAAG